AACUAUAACGAUUAGUACCCAAAAAAAUAGUUCUUCCAAGCUCUGAGAUUAUACUGCAUGCAACAGCUCUUGGUAGCAUCGUGUCACGUAUUUUGAACCCUACAAUUGUUGAUCAGCAAAACUCUGCCUCGACAGUUGAAACUGACCAACCAGAAAACCCUGCAGUUGGUACAAAGAGAGCCUGGAUGUCAGGCUCAAAGAUAGUUCUUCCAAGCUCUGAUGCUGAGCAAUAUAAUGGAAACAUUCUUCUGAACACAGUUUCAAGUAUUGCCAAGCCUAAAGGUAUGAUUCUAUUUAGCUACAAGCUGUGUGAGUUUCUUGUAGGUCUGAGUGGCAGGAACGCCUAUACGAGUGAUAAUCGUCCAAGUUGGUGGCCAAAAGAUGUGGUGUUUUGCUGUUUGAAAGGGUCCACGGCUGCCACGAAUGGUAUCACUACAGUACACCGGAGAAAGGUAUUGGCAGCUUUCUUGGAGAAAUGUCCGGAGCAGUACACAAUUUCACCUCCAGUUUAUCAAGUUGGUACAAAGAGAGCCAGGAUAACGGCAGACUCAAAGAUAGUUCUUCCAAGCUCUAAUGUUGAGGAAUAUUCUGGAAGUAUUCUUCGUGGCAUCAUUUCCCAUAUUGUGAACCCUAAAGGUCAGAGUAGCAGAAACUUCUUUACAAGGGACAAUUCUCCAAGUUGGUGGCCAAAAGAUGUGGCAUUUUCUCAUAUAGAUGGUAUCACUGCUGCAAACCAGAGAAAGAUUUUGGCAACUUUCUUUGAGAAAUGUCCUGAGCAGUACACAGUAUCACCUCCAGUUGAUCAGCAAAACUCUGCUUCGAUAGUUGAAACUGACCAGCCAGAAGUCCCUGCAGUUGGUACAAAGAGAGCCAAGAUGAUGCCAGGCUCAAAGAUAGUUCUUCCAAGCUCUGAUGCUGAGGAAUAUUCUGGAAACAUUCUUCAGACCGCAAUGAUACGUAUUGCAAACUCUAAAGGUUGGGGCAAAAACUUCUACACAAGUGACAAUUGCCCAAGUUGGUGGCCAAAAGAUAUGGUGUUUGCUCCUAUGACAGGGCUCAGAUCUAUUGGUAUUGUCACUAGUGUACACUGGAGAAAGGUAUUGGCAGCUUUCCUGGAGAAAUGUCCUGAGCAGUACACAAUAUCACCUCCAGUUGAUACAAAGAGAGCCAGGAUGAUGCCAGGCUCAAAGAUAGUUCUUCCAAGCUCUGAUGUUGAAGAAUAUAUUGGAAACAUUCUUCAGAGCACAGUUUCACGUAUUGCGAAGCCUAAAGGUAUGAUUCUAUUUAGCUACAAGCUGUGUGAGUUUCUUGUAGGUCAGAGUGGCGGCAGGAAUGCCUAUACGAGUGAUAAUCGUCCAAGUUGGUGGCCAAAAGAUGUGGUGUUUUGCUGUUUGAAAGGGCCCAAGGCUGCCACAAAUGGUAUCACUACAGUACACCGGAGAAAGGUAUUGGCAGCUUUCUUGGAGAAAUGUCCGGAGCAGUACACAAUAUCACGUCCAGUUGAUCAGCAAAACUCUGCCUCGGCUGAUCUACUAAAACACCCACUCACUGGUACAAAGAAAACCAGGAUAAUGGCAGACUCAAAGAUAGUUCUUCCAAGCUCUAAUGCUGAGGAAUAUUCUGGAAUAGAUCUCCGUACCAUAAUUUCCCGUAUUGUGAACCCUAAAGGUAAAAGAAACUUCUACACGAGUGAUAACUGUCCAAGUUGGUGGCCAAAAGAUGUGGCGUUUACUGCUCCAACAGGGGGGAGCAAAGCUAUCGCAAAUAAUAUCACUGUUGGAAACAUGAGAAUGAUUUUAGCAUCUUUCUUGGAGAAAUGUCCUGAGCAGUACACAAUAUCACCCGGGGCACAGCUACUCAGUCCCACCUCUUCCCCACAUGUUGGUGAUAAGCAACCAGUAAGAGAAGUCAGCCCACGAAGUUCCUCUGAAAGUGAUCAAGAAGAGCCUGUAGGAAUGAACCAAACACCACCUACUGGAGCUUAUCGUACCCGAUCAGUUGGAGCCACAAUCAGCACUGCUGCACAACAUGCAAGCCCAAAGCUUAUCCUACCCAGCUCUUGUGCAAAUGACUACUCUCAACCUAGUCUCAUUUCGCUAAUUCGAAACAUCUUAAAUCCCAAAAGGCGACACUUCAUAUACUCCAGUGCUAAUUGUCCCAGCUGGUGGCCGACUGAUGUACCAUUCAUUAGGGCGGAAGAUAUGGAAGCUAAGGACAGGACAAAAGUACUGACAGCUUUUCUAAAGAAAUGCCCUGACCAGUACACAAUAUCACCUCCAGUUGAUCAGCAAAACUCUGCCUCGAUAGUUGAAACUGACCAACCAGAAGACACCAUCGUUGAUGUACAAAUGAAUGUGAAUGAAUCUGAUGCUGAAUUUGAUGCUAGCAUACCAAGUGACCCUGAAGAUCUGGUGAAUAGUCUAGAGCAGCACCUUCUAGAUUCUAGGAAAAGAAGGCUCGAGGCUGAGAGGAAAGUUGAAGAGCUGACGGAAGAAGUCAAACGUCUCAGAGAAGAAAGGAAGUAUAUAGGUUCUAUUGUGAAACGAUCACGACUCCAUCACUAGCACUAGUGUUUAGUCCCUCAUACCUAACUGUCCAUUUAUUUUAUAAAAUCAAAGAUCACAUUUUGGAAUUUAUAUCACAUUUCUUUAUCUAAAAUAGUUUGUUGUAUUCUCCAGCAUUGCUCACUCUCAUUCUUGUAUGUAGAUCUACUCCCUCUAUUCAUGAUCAUGCUGCCAGAACAUUUGACAUCCA